AACUCCCUGAAACGUAUUUUGAUUACUUCUUCUUUGGUCAAGAAGCCCCAUUUCAUCACCCUCAAUUUUUGUAAAUAUCUUUUCCUGGAAUAUCGUCACUAAAAUCCCUUCUCCCAAUAUGUCUGUCGCACCGGCUCCAGGGAAGUUUGACGCCGAGAAGGCGGACAACUUCGAAGACAUCGAGAAGCAAUUCGCAGUUAAAGUUGUGCAGCACAUGUCCACUUACUGGGCCAUUCUGGAAAAGAUGCGGGGCUCGCAGCUACGACUUACGAAAAUGGAUGAUGAGAUAUACGAACAUUUCAAAGAAGAGUUUCCCGACUUUGACCCUGCCGCAACCAUCAACGAAGAUGAAAUGAAGAGCAAAGCAGGCAAAGAAAGGUGGCGGAACUUCCUCAUGAAGUACGAGAAAACUGUCGACGAUUAUAACUUCGGAACUAUGCUCCGAGCGAACCCGAAGUGGGAGUACGGGGAGAAGGAGACGAUUUUUGCCGUUCGUAUGCAAUUCUACGCUGUUGAGAUAGCACGGAAUCGGGCUGGUCUGAACGACUGGAUCUACGAACGUGAACAUCCCAGUGAAGCCAAGUAAACCGAAGCAUAAAUCCUAUUUUCUCGUCAUUAUUUACAGGGAGCGGCGUUUUGCUACAAAUGUGACGACUAUAGAUUGCAAAUGUAAGGCGUC